AUGAGUAAUAUUGUCUAUGGUGAUAAAAAUGUUGCAGUUCCACACCACGUACAUUUUGGAAAAUACCUUCUUGAAAAUCUAAAAAAAGAAAAAAGCAAUAUCGCUUUGAUAAACGCGGAGAACGGAGAAAAAUUAACUUACAAGGAGUUCACUCAAUACGCUGUCAAUCUGGCAAAUAAACUAAUGAAAUUGGGAAUUGGAAGAGGAGAUGUUGUAGCAGUUGGUUCCGAGAAGCGAAACUAUCUCGGACCCACUUUAGUUGCUAUUCUACUAACCGGAGCAGCUUAUACGGCUUACGACUUGCAAACUGGCAAAUCUGCACUGGCUCACAAAUUGACAGUAGCUCAACCGAACUAUUUCAUAAUGUCCGAAUCAUUCUGGGAAAGAUACAGCAAACUUUUACUAUCGUUUGACGCUAUAAAAUCUUUUUUUACGCUGGAUAUUGAACCUAAAUCGGCAAUUUCGAUACAAUUGCUUGUGAAGGAUGAUAUUGACAUUGAUACCUUUGAACCGGCUGAAGUAGAUGGAGAAAACGAUGUGGCAAUAAUACUAUACUCUUCGGGGACAACUGGUUUACCAAAAGGCGUCUUAUUAACACACUUGAACAGUAUCGUAAACGUUGUUCCAUAUAGCUUGGAUUUAAAUGUUAUAAACACAAUAUACACUUGUGGGGAGUGGUACCAUAAUUACGAUACAUUUUCCGCAUAUAAAUUCCUAUGUUUGGGAAAGACCGUAGUAUAUCUAUGCGAUGUUACUUCGGAGAAAAUUUUGAAAUGCAUCGAUCAAUACAAGAUUAAUAUGGCUAUGUUGAUACCAUAUUUUAUAGUCGGCCUUGGAAAAGUAUUGGAUAGCAAAAAAUACAAUUUGGAUUCGCUUAAAAUUAUCUAUAGCCGCUCAGCACCCCUUCACAAUAAGACGAUAGAAAAUAUCAAGCAAAGGUUCCCGGGAGUACAAGAGAUUUUCCAAGGAUACGGUAUGACAGAAUGUGGCGAGCUGUCGUCAGAAAUAUGGGGUACGAAAGGCGCAAAACCAGGCAGUGUUGGAAUGGCAUCGCCUGGUCUUGUAUUAAAGAUUUCAGACCCGAAAACGGGAAAAACUCUGGGACCAAAUGAGAGAGGCGAGAUUCGGUCAAGUGGACGCGUCCUUAUGAAUGGUUACAUUAGAAUCGAUCGUGAUACAUACUUAGAUGAAGACGGUUUUCUUAAAACUGGAGACUUGGGCUAUUACGAUGAAGACAAGUAUUUUUAUAUUGUGGACAGGAUUAAAGAUAUAUUGUGUUACAAUGGUGAUCAGGUACCACCUCUAGAGUUAGAGACGAUCCUCGAACUACAUCCAGGAGUAUUAGAAGCGGCUGUCGUUGGAAAAGAUGAUGAGGUACAUGGUGACAUCCCCACUGCAUUUGUUGUUAGACAGGCUGAUUCUAAUGUCACAGAGGAGGAACUAAUUAACUAUGUUGCAGCUGAAGUUCCCCCAUUCAUGCAUUUGGCCGGUGGAGUCAAGUUUAUAACAAAACUACCAAGAAAUCCGCGAGGGAAAAUUCUACGACGCGAAUUGAAGAAUUUAUUGAAUAAAUAA